AGAUCGGAAUCGGGAAUGGAUCGUGAUGCAUUGACGGAGCGGGGUUGUUGGCUAGGUAGCCAUCGAAUCUUGCCGCCGCACGUGUGCCCUUAGCCACAGAAUCCAAGAACCGAGCGUAAUGACUGGCUGCAGCCGUUCCACGUGCCGGCGGCGUCUGCUCACCGUCGUCCUCUCCUCCCGUCCAGUGAGCUCAAGUGAAUAACCAUACCAGUUACCCACCGUACUAACCUGAGCAAAACCUUCUGGCCGAACUGAGCGGCAUGGAGCUGAGCCUGCUGAGAAGCCGUACCUUCGCUCCACUCCGUCCAGUCUCCUCCCCAUGCCACUUCCGUCGGCCUCCCUCCAGAGCCUUCUUCCCGCCGCAGCCUCCUCCGCUAAGCCAGGAGGACAGGGGGUGCAGCAGGGCAAUGCGGACGCGGCAGGAGUGGGUGGGGGACUGGGUCCGGAGCAACGACACACUCGUCCGGGGCCUUCCCAUUUUCAUCGGUGGCGUCUCGCUGCUCGCCGUCCUCCUCAACCGCGCCGUUUCCGGCAUCGCUGCCGUCUCUGACGCUUCCAGUUCGCAGUCGAGGGCUGACAUACUGACUCUUGCGCUCUCGGUAACUGACAUUCUCGCCGGCCUUGUUUGGUUGUCCAUCAGGCCGAAAUCCAUUUCUCCGGUGCUGCCUCGAGGCGUCGAUUGCAAACGAGUAGAUCCCGAUGUAUCAAGCUCUGCUCUUCAUGAACUACUUUGGACAUGGGAUUCCUUGAUGGCUGCAACUUGUUGCAAAUCAUUGGUUGUUGUGUAUGGAGGUAAUUGCAUUCUUCAAAUUGGGGUUGCUGCUAGCUCUCCAGAAGAUGGGAAAGCAGUUAAUGUGGAUGCACAAAAGUUCAUCCAAGGUUCCCUUUACACCAGUGCCAAUGAAUCCAAGAAACAAUCCUAUCUAGCAAAUCUUUCUUUAUAUCCUGGAAGGACCGAGUUGCCGUUUCUGCCAGCUAACACACAGGCUCUAAUACUGCAGCCAAUUGGUGAUAAAGGAAUUGCAGUCAUUGGUGGCGACACUAUAAGGGGCUUUACUAAUCUUGAUCAGGCAUGGAUUGCAAUGAUUGCAGACAAGUUGGAUGCUACGUUAUCGAAAUCAUAAAAGGGCACCACUCAUUGGAUAUCAAGUUAUACCUAUGGAAGCUGAAACUCGGGAC